AUGCCUCCCACCCGGGACCCUUUCCAGCACCCUAUGCUAGAUAACGAUGAUUCCUACUUGGGAGAACUGCGGGCUUCCCAGAAAUUGCCAUACAAGAACCCACCUCACCUGGCUCAGCAAGAGGAACCCUGGAGUCGGCUCAGCUCUACUCCCACAAUUACUUCCAUGAGGCGGGAUCCCUACUUUUUUGAUUCCCAGAUACCAAAGGAUGACCUGGAUUUCCGAUUAGCAGCCUUGUACAACCACCACACUGGGAUGUUCAAAAACAAAAAUGAGAUACUACUACACCAGAAGACUAUCCAGGAUACCCAUGGACACAAGAUCCAAUUCCCUGGGAAACUUUUAUCUUCUCCCUCUCCAACGUCCAUCACUUCCCAGGCCAACAUCAGACAGUGGAUCAAUCCUAAGAAGGAGUCCAUCUACAGCAUCCAGGGAUCCAUAGUGUCCCCUCACACUGCAGCCACCAAUGGAGGCUACUCCCGAAAGAAUGAUGGUGGCUUCUUCUCCACCUAAGGUAGACAGGCCCCUGGACUAAUUAUAGUGGAACAUCUGGCCACUUACGUUCAUUAAAUAGAUUUGUGCAAGAU